AUGGCUGUAAGGGAAGCAACAUGGGUGUGGGCGCAACGUCUUGGUUUCUACUAUGCAGGCUCCAAGACAUGGUCAAAAGCAAAAGCUACCCAGGGCCUAGCGUCCAAUGUGCGCAAGCCAUGUCAUGGGGUGACGGUUGUAAUUGUUGGGCAGCGAGUGGCGGCGGAAAAAGCGGAAGGAGAAAAAAAUGAAACAAAGAAAUCAAAGGUCGAUGAAACGCACACCGGAGGUGAGCCGCGCAUGUUGUGCCUUGUCGAGGUCAUGCUGGAGCGGUCUGUUUGGAGGGGAAGGGGGGCAGUUCCAAGUCGUGCCAGGCCGUGGAUCGCUGUGGAGGCAGCUCAAAGGAGGGGUAGUGUAGCGGGCGCUGGUGGAGCGCGUACUAGCCGCAGCAGCGUGAAAACAUCGGUGCAUGUGUCGACAAAGGCAGAGGCCGGUGCUGCCGUGGUCAUCAGACCGGGUAGGAAAGGCAGAUGGAAAGGUGGCCCAGCCGUGCAAUAA